CACACACAGUUGGCUGUUGUGGGCUGUGGUGACUGGGGGACCGUGGGGAGACUGGAGCUCAGUGUGACCAGGCAGAGGCCAUUGCUGCAGGCAGGCAGACAGGCGGUGGAGACGUGCCCAGGGUGGAUAAAACAUGUUCACUAAGCGGGAGAAAGACUCUGCCCAGGACACAAGAUGAAGGUGGAGAGGGAGUCCCCCUUCACAGGAGACAAUUUCAGUGGCAUUCCUUCACUACUGACGCUCUCUUGCUUCUUCCUCCUCCUCUUCUUCACAGAUGAAGCUUUGGGGGUGAAUGUGACGAGUCAGACCCAGGUGGUGAGGGGAAGUGUGGGUAAAGAGGCCCUCCUGUCAGUCAGCUACAGCAGCAGCAGCUCAGACAAGCCUGUCAUCAAGUGGCAGCUGAGGAGGGACAAAGUGAAACCAGUCACUGUCGUACAGUUGAUAGGAACAGAGGUUAUAGGAAACCUGAGACCCGAGUACCGAAAUCGCAUCCAGGUGUUUGAGAAUGGAUCUCUGCUGCUCCACAACCUGCAGCUGUCAGAUGAAGGAGCGUACGAAGUGGAAAUCUCGAUCACAGAUGAGACGUUCACUGGAGAGCACCACAUUGAGCUCACGGUGGAUGUUCCUGUGUCCAAACCCUACAUCCAGAUGAUGGCUUCCUCAGUCCUGGAGUACAGCGAGCACUUCAACCUGCACUGUUCCCAUGACAACGGCACAAAGCCUGUUUACAGCUGGCUGAAAGGAGGGAAGGUGCUGACCAACGACUCACGUCUGCUGCUCUCACAUGACCAAAAGGUGCUGACUAUCUCACGCGUUCAGAUGUCAGAUGAUGACAUCUACAUCUGCACGGUGGAGAACCCCAUCAGCAGCAUGAAGAGCACUCCUGUCAAGAUUACAGUUUACAGUUCAGGACGGAGCUCGUUAUACAUCAUCCUAUCCACCGGGGGCAUUUUCCUUUUAAUCACCCUGGUGACAGUUUGUGCCUGUUGGAAACCAUCCAAAAAGAAACACAGACCCGUCCCCCAAAGAGCUCCUGUUUAUGUGGAGCACAGUGAAAACGGCCAUGAUGGUCAGAUUGAGGUUCUGCCUAAACCGACUACGCUUGGUCGAAGGAGUCCAAUGCCUCUUUAUGUUCUCAAUGAAGACGAGACUCUGGAGCGUCUGGAAGAAUGUUCUAGCAAUGCCGCCAGCCAAUCAGAGAUCAAUGUCCCUGCUACUUACGUCCAAGUCCUCCCUCUUACCUCCAAUAGAACUGAGAGGCCUAUCUGGUCUGCUCCACGCAAGUACCCCCGCUGUCCCUCCCCGCUGGCACAGCCACUCCCUGUUCCCCCCCUUCGUCCGGUCUCUCCUUCUGGUCGCUCCCCUGCUCACUCCCCAGCAUCAUCUCCACGCAGCUUCAGCCCAAUUAGAAAGGUCCGGCCACCUGUGGGCAUCCCCACCAGCCACCUGCCUGUGGAGGUAGAGGGUUCAGAGCAGACCCACUCCCCAUCACAGCACUGACAGCCGUCUGGAUGUUAGGUCUAACCCCAUCAUAUGUGAAUCAUCUGUAGUUUGUCACAGUUUGUUGUGUUUGUUUAUGUUUGUUCUCUUUAAAUGAGCACAGUUUAACUUUUCGCCUACUUCUUUGUUGCUAUGCACAAACUUUCUCUUGUGUUUGAUGAGCCUCGCCGUCCUGUAGUGAGUCGUGUCAGUGAUGAGACAGUAAGAAAAUCAAUGAUGUGUUUAUUUUACUUUUCAAAUAAAAGUUUUGACACAAAACGCACAAAUUAAACCACACACACACACACACAGAGAGACACACAGAGAGAGAGAGAGAGAGAGAGAGAGAGAGAGAGAGAGAGAGAGAGAGAGAGUAUUAUUAUCUUACACAUUAGGGCACUUUAUAACCUAUAAGAAAACUGGUGUAAGAAUUGUCUUUUAUUUUGUGACAAUAAAAUUCACAACUCA